AUGGCAGACGCACAGGUCCUCACGCCGGAUCAGAUCCAACGCAUCCUAGCUGCUCAGCAACAACAAGCUUCCACGUCCUCCUCCUCAGCCCCAACUACAUCCUCACAACCACAAUCGCAUCGACUCAAAACCUCGUUUGCCAAAAGCCGGUCUUUCGAACCCUUCUACACGGGCGGAGCAACCGCUCUCACUCCCGAUGGCGAUCUCCUUUUUGCCACGCUCAACGAGCAGGUUACCGUCGUCGAGGUGGCUACGGGAAACGUCGUACAGCGCAUCGAGGGCGACACCGAGGAAGUGACCGCUCUUGCCGUCACGCCGACAGGCUCGCAUCUGGUUGUGGCAUCGCGCUCGCUUGCACUGAGUGUCUAUGCGCUUCCCGAGUGCAAGCUUGUGCGGACGAUCCCGAAGAGCCAUCUGAGCCAGGUCAACCUGAUGUGCGUCGAUCCAACGGGCACGCUGCUGGCGACGGGCGGGUCCGACGGUGUUGCCAAAGUGUGGGACAUCGAGGGUGGGUUCUGUACACAUGCUUUCAAGGGGCAUGCUGGCGUCGUGUCGGCGCUAGCGUGGAACAUGCCGCCUGCGACAUCGGCACCGGCGGCUACCGCGACUACUGGCGGCAAGAAGAACAAGACCAAAGCCAAGGCUCCGGCCAACUCUCGGACGAUUCAGCUGCUCACGGGUUCCGUAGAUGGAAAAGUGCGUGUGUGGGACCUCAACAACCCGGCCGAACUGCAUAAACCCGUCGCAACACUCGCUGGGCACGACUCGGUUGUCCGUGGCAUCGCUGUCACCGACGACGGCGCUGCUGUUGUCACUGGCUCGCGCGAUCGCACUCUGGUCGUCUGGCGUCUUGCAGCUGCCAAGUCUGGUGCGGCCAACGCAGCGGCUGGAUGGAAGCAAGCCGAAACGCUGUCUGCCAACGAAGGAAUCGAGUCGGUCGGCUUUCUCCCAGCCUCCACGUUUGGCAGCGACUCGCAGAACGUCUUCUGGACCGGCGGCUCCGACGGCGCUGUGCGACUCUGGGACGUCGCGUCGUGCACCAUCAUCGCGCGGGAAUCAAAGAGCUUCAACGAGCACCUCGCGCUCCAAGCCAAACAACAACGCUCCAAGCGAUCCCUCGCCGAAGCCCAAGACGACGGCGACGAAGAAACACGCGCCAUCACCGCCGUCCACUUUGUCACCUCCUCCCCUUCUCCAUGCUUGGUUUCGAUCCAUGCGGACCAGAACAUCGUCUUCCGCUCUCUCACCGAGCAAGCGCCGCUGAAAAAGGUACGCCAGCUGAUCGGGUUCAACGACGAGAUUGUAGACUUGGCACUGCUGUCGACUGCGGGGGCAGAGGAGACGCAUCUGGCGGUGGCGACAAACAGCCGGUCGCUGCGGAUGUACACGCUGGGACGUGAUGACGAGACGACGGUGGAGCUGCUGGCGGGACAUACGGAUAUCGUGCUGUGUGUUGAUCGUUCGCCGGACAUGCGCUUGCUCGCGUCGGGUGCCAAGGACAAGACGACGAGGAUUUGGGCUUGGGUGCCUGCAUCCCGGUUGUCUUUUGCAGUGGAGGAGAAGGGGUCGGAUGACGCUGGGCGGAAAGUGCCGCGCCACGCUGCUGCUGCUACUGCCGUGGACACUGCAGGUGACGGCGAGGAGGGCGAGUGGGUGUGCGUGGGCAUCUGCGAAGGCCAUGCGGAGUCCGUCGGCGCCAUCGCUUUCGCCCGACGCCCCUCCGCUCCAGGUGCACCGUACGCACCGUUCAUCGUCACCGCCUCCCAGGACCGCACGGUGAAAAUUUGGGACCUCUCACCCAUCAACACGCUGCUCUCCUCGACCUCCAGCAUCACCCAGCCUCUGCACCUCAAAAGCCUCACCACGCAGCGCGUCCACGAAAAAGACAUCAACUGCCUAGACCUCAGCCCGAACAACGCCAUGCUCGCCACGGGCUCACAGGACCGCACUGCCAAGGUCUUUGCCCUCACCUUCCACCCCCGCACCGGCAGCAGCGCUGCCUCGGCGCGCCUGGCGACGCUCGCGACGCUCAAGGGCCACAAGCGCGGCAUCUGGGCGUGCCGCUUCUCGCCCACCGACCUGGCGCUCGCCACGGCCUCGGGCGACAAGACGGUGCGCCUCUGGUCGCUCAAGACAUUCUCAUCGGUGAAAUUGUUCCAGGGCCAUACGAACAGCGUGCUCAAGCUGGCGUUUAUUGCGGCGGGCAUGCAGCUGCUGUCGUGUGCGGGCGACGGGCUGGUCAAAGUGUGGAACAUCAAGGACGAGGAGUGUGCAACGACGGUGGAUGCGCACGACGACAAGGUGUGGAGUCUGGCCGUGGCAAGGAGCGAGGCGUGGUUCGUGAGCGCAGCUGCCGACGGCACCGUAGCCGUGUGGAAGGACCGCACAGAGGAGGAGAAGGAGGAGAAGCGCAUCGAGAAAGAGGACGAGGUCAGGAUGGAACAGCAGUUCGGCAACUUGCUGACCCAGAAGGAUUGGAAGAACGCCAUCUCGCUCGCGCUCCAGCUGGGGCAGCCGAGGCGCUUGCUGGGCCUGUUUACGCAUGUGAGCAGCAGCCGGCCCGAAGCCAGCGUCAAAGACGGUGGUCUCUUGGCCUCGGUCCUAGCCGAAGGUAGCGAUGACGAGGAAGGCGGUGACGAUGAUGAGGUUAAGUUGAUCGGCGAGGAUGAUGCGGCGUUGGCAGCGGUCGGGAUCAAGACGCAUCGUCGUCGACCCGCUGCUGCCUCUACCACUUCCCAAUCCGGCAGUGGCGCAGACGAAGCGGACGCGACGUCGAUUACGGGACUCGCGUCGGUCGACGCGAUCAUCGCCGCGCUCCCGCCCGCGCACCUCAUCCAGCUGCUCAUCUACAUCCGGGACUGGAACACGUCCACGCGCACCUCGGCCAUCGCGCAAACGCUGCUGCACGCCAUCCUCUCGACACACACGGCCGCGCACCUGCUCCGCAUCUUCAGCUCGUCGCUCCAGUCGCACCGUGCCGCGCUGGCCGAGCGCCUGGAGAACGAGGAGUUGGGCAUUGUGGCGGUGGUGAGCGACAAGCAGAGGGCACGCGAGAGGCGGUUGCACCGCGAGAGCAUCGUGGACCUGGGCACGCUCGUCGAGGGCCUGUUGCCGUAUACCGAGAGGCAUUGGCAGCGCGCCGACCGCACACUGAUCGAGGCGAGCAUGCUCGAGUACAGCGUCGAGGCCAUGGAUACACUGUUGGGUGUCGAUGCCGACGAGGAAGAGGCGCACCAGGGCGCGUGCGACGAGACGUUUGGUGAUCAGCUCGGCGAUGUCCCGGAUGAGAAUGAGGAUGAGCAUGAGGAGGAGAAGGAUGUUGACAUGUCGGAUGCCGAAUCGGUCUAA